CCGAUUUAUAGGACACCUAUCUAGACUCUCCGCAUCUUAUACCCUAUUAAUCGCUAUUUAUAACCCCCAUUCAUACAUUUGUCUCCUAUUUGCAUUUUCCUAAUACAUGUACUCAUAUCCCCAAAAUGUCUAACACGCAAACUCAGUCCACAUCCACACAUCGCAUUUCCAGCAUAACCCAGACGCUAAAGUCGCCCAAGCAUGACACAUAUACCGACGAUGAGCGGUUUCCUUUGUACUAUAACACAACCGCUGCACUUUUUGAGGCCAACCGCGAUCUGUCGCGCGCCAUCCGAAAACAAAAGCGCAAGGCGCUUAUGGAUAAAUUCAACAAGCUACAUUCCAAAUCGGAAACCCCACCAAUUCUUCCUGUCUCCCCCGCCAGCACAGCCUACAAUACGCCGUUCGACUCGGAAACAGAAACAGAAAUUUCCAAGUCUACUAGGGCUGCCUCGCCUGCCACCGAGUCUGAGUCAAUACCGAAGCCGAAGAAGUGGUCGGACAUGUUCCAGGCGGAUAUACCUAGAGCGGCUUCGCCGGCCCCACUGGCCACAGGGGUGCAAGCCUUGGGGCUUGUGUUGUUGCGGAUCAUGUAUGAGCCGGGUUACUUGCCAAAGUCAAAGAUUCCUAUCUUGCCCCACGGGAUCUUGAACACGGGCAACAUCUGCUUCAUGAACGCGAUUCUCCAGUUGUUGUUGUACUGUGAGCCGUUCUACAAUAUCUUGCGGGUCAUAUCACAGAAAUCUGCCGCAUCAAUGGGCAACUCGAAGACGCCAUUGCUCGACGCAACGAUCCUUUUUCUCAACCAGUUUGAAAAGACAUCGCAGGACGCUGCAGACCAGGUCGGCCAGUCGUUGAACCCGGAACACUUCUACAAGUCCAUCAUCGCCACCACGCGCUUCAAGCAUCUCCGUUGGGGCCAGCAGGAGGACGCCGAGGAGUUCCUCGGGUAUCUCUUGGACGGGUUGCACGAGGAGUUUGUCGAAUCCAUUUGCAGUUUGAGUGCAGACGAACGUACCAAGUUGUUAGGCUCAGUACAGGGCGAGACCAGAGUGAAGAUGGCUAGUGCUUUGGAAACCAUUAGCAGGGGCAACAGCAGUAGCGGCAGCGAGGAGCGAGAAGAAAGUGAAGACGAUGAGGAAGACGGCUGGCAUGAAGUGGGCUCGAAAAAGAAGGUGGCCGUCAAGCGUACGGUGGAGGUCAGACCGUCGCCGAUCACUGUGUUGUUUGGGGGCCAGUUCCGCUCCGUUCUCGAUAUCCCGAAGAACAAGGAAGCGCAGUCGAUCACGUUAGAUCCGUUCCAGCACUUCCAGUUGGACAUCUCGGACCCUAGGGCCCAUACCCUAGAGGACUGUUUCAAGUUGCUCUCCGUACCCGAAAUGAUCCCUUAUAAGUCCUCCACCAACCACGAGGUGAUGGCGAAGAAGCAGUGUUUCUUGGACAAUUUACCCAAGGUGUUUAUUAUCCACUUAAAGCGCUUCCAGUACUUCCAGGAUGACGCCGAAUCUGACACCUACGGGCGCAUCGAGAAGCUCAGAAAGACCAUCAAGUACUCUCGUGAUUUGCAGAUCCCGACGGAAUGCUUGUCAAACUACUACAAGAAACACCACAAGCAGGCAGAAUCCGAUAACAACUACAAGUUAAUUGGGGUUGUCUACCACCAUGGGACCAGCGCCGCGGGCGGGCACUACACCGUCGAUGUUGUGACGCCAGAUAAAUCCAAUUGGAUCCGAAUUGACGACACCAACGUGCAAAUGGUGAAGGCAGAAGAUGUUGUAGCGAUCACUGACGUUGACGGUAUUAAGAGCUCGUACAUUUUGAUGUAUGAGAGAGUCUAAGCAUAGAGCCAUUAGUUAUCAUCGGGCGUUGCCUCGUGUCUUUCUGGUUUAUUUAACGUGUAUAUUACAAGGUAUCGCCUUGGAUCUAUAUUAAUAACUAUACAAAAAAAAAAGAAAAAAAAAUAUUGAAGCAAGGCCGAUAUAGGUUUACAAAAGGC